GACCUCUUCUCCUCCAACUCAUCGAUGGAGAAGCCGAAAAAGCUCCAUGCCGCGCUCCUCUCGAGCCCUGGCAUGGGCCACCUCAUCCCAGUCAUCGAGCUUGGCAAGCGCCUCGUCGCUGACCAUGGCUUCCAGGUGACCGUCUUCAUCCUUCCGUUGCAGGCCUCGGGCGCCGAGGCCGAGAUCAUCGAGUUCGCCAUGACCACCAAGCUCCUCGACGUUUUGGAGCUCCCUCCCCCUGAACUCUCGGCCUCAGGCCUCGGUGAGGAUGCCGCCCUGGCCACGAGGCUUGCGGUCAUGAUGCGCGAGGCAAGGCCGGCGUUCAGGUCCGCGCUCGUGGCGAUGGAUGUGCGGCCCGAUGUCCUCAUCGUGGACUUGUUCGGGACGGAGCACCUGUGCAUUGGCGACGAGUUGGGGAUCCCAAAGUACGUCUACAACACUUCCAACGCAUGGUUUCUUGCGUUGGCCAUAUACUCGCCGACGCUAGACAAGGAAGUGAAGGGAGAGUACGUGGACCGAACCGAACCGCUCGAGAUCCCGGGUUGCAAGCCGGUCCGACCGGAGGACGUGGUGGACCCGAUGCUGGACCGAUCCAACCAGCAAUACCGCGAGUACGUGAGGCAGGCUGGCGAGAUCCGGAUGGCAGAUGGAAUCUUGUUGAAUGUGUGGGAGGAUUUGCAGGCCGAGACGCUCGCCGCACUGAGGAAGGAAGAGUUUUUGGGCCGGGUGGUGAACGGUCCUGUAUACACAGUUGGGCCGCUCAUUAGACCGGUCAGACGAGCCGGUCUGGGGAAGGAGCUGCUGGUAUGGCUGGAUAAGCAGCCGAGCGAGUCGGUGAUGUUCGUCUCGUUUGGAAGUGGAGGGACUUUGUCGGCUGAGCAGCUAGUGGAGCUGGCUUGGGGAUUGGAGCUGAGCCAACAAAGGUUCAUAUGGGUACUCCGGCGACCAACCGUCAAGUCUCUUGAUGGGUCAUUCUUCGACGCGGGAAAGGGUGGCGACGGCGACGAGGUUCUGAGCUUUUUGCCGGUUGGAUUCACGGCACGCACGCGCGACCGCGGAUUAGUACUCCCAUCGUGGGGCCCACAGGUGGAAAUCCUGAGCCAUCCAUCCGUGGGCGGCUUCCUAUCUCAUUGCGGGUGGAACUCGACCCUGGAGAGCAUGACGAACGGGGUGCCCAUGAUCGCCUGGCCGCUGUACGCGGAGCAAAGGCUGAACGCGACGCUCCUCGCGGAGGAGAUAGGGGUGGCGGUCCGGCCGAAGGCGCUGCCGUCGAAGGAGAUCGUGGUGAGGGAGGAGGUAGAGGAGCUGGUGAGGACAGUGAUGGUGGGAGAAGAAGGGCACGCUACAAGAGCCAGGGUCAAAGAAGUCAAGAGGAGCGCGGAAAUGGCGGUGGCGAGAGGGGGCAGCUCCUACGAGUCCCUGCGCAAAAUGAAGGAAGAUUGCCAAACGAGGGGCCACCAGAUUAAGAAAUCCCGUUAA